AUGGAGAAUAUCCUAGCCGGUUUGUGUGGAACCAGCCCGGAAGAUCCGGUCCCCGUGUGGAUUCGUGGCAGCGUUGGGCACUGCUUUAACCAGCUGGCAUUAAACGUGGCUCCUCAUGUCAUCCUUGCGGUGGUCAGUGCUUGCUUCCUCGGCACUCCAAGAUACGGUGCCGGUGUUCCUCCCAAGCGAGACUGGAGGUGCAGAAUUGCUGCCUCUUUCAUCCUUGCUGGCCUUCUCCUCGCUGAUAUCGUGCCAGUGACCAUCUCUCAGCAGGAGCUGGGCCCUGUGUACCUGGAGGUGCUGACAAGCAGCAUUGCUGCAGUGACAUGGCUCACUCACGGCUCAGCUCUUCUCAUGCUCUGCAGGUCAAUUCACGGCUCUACGCGGGGGCCCGCAGCCCUGGCUCUCCUCACUGUCCUACCUGUACCUUCCCUCAUCAUCACGCUGCUGUGGUACUGCCAGGAGGGGACAGCUUGGUCCCCCGGCCACCCUGCGGUGUCCUCCAGGUUCUCCAUCCUCUGUCUGCAGCUGGCCUGUCUCCUCCUCUAUGUGAUUAGCUACCUCUUCCCAGCUGCCAACAGACAGGAAUUUCUCUCUGUCAAUGCCUCCUGGCAGCAAGAGCCGCUCGUCUCGGAGGCGGCGAUCCCCGCGCCGCCGUGCCGGGCAGUGGCGGAGGACGGGGAGAGUUGGCUCUCGCGCCUCUCCUACGCCUGGAUGAGCCCGCUGAUGAAACGCGGAUACCGCCGGAUGUUGAACCAGCCCCAGGAUGUCUAUGUGCUUCCUCACCGGCUCCGGGCUGCGCGCGUCUGUGAGCGCUUCUACUCCCGCUGGCAGGGGACGGCAGCUCCGCGCCAAGCGGAGGAGGAGACGGUGUCCCUGAGCAGCCCCCUCGUUGCUGGAGGGGAUGGCGGCAGCGCUGCCCUGGGCAGCUCACGGCAGGCCGUGCGGCUCCUCCCAGCGCUUCAUUCCGUCUUCGGGCUCCGCUUCUACUUGCUUGGACUCCUCAAGCUGGCUGGCAGCCUGCUGGGUUUCUCAGGCCCGCUGCUUCUGAACUUGCUGGUGAACUUCAUGGAGUCCCGGCAGGAGCCCCUGAGCCACGGUCUCUAUGCCCUCGGGCUCUUCGCUGGCUCCUUCCUGGGCGCUCUCUUGAGGAACCAGUUCAGCUACGAGGUGUACAAGGUGAUGCUGAUGGUGCGGGCCGCCGUCAUCUCUGCCAUCUACCGCAAGGCUCUGCGUGUCAGCAGCACCAGCCUUGCUCGCUUCACGGUGGGGGAAAUUGUCAACUUCAUGAGCACAGACACUGAUAGGUUGGUCAACUUCUGCCUCAGCUUCCACGAGGUGUGGAGCUUGCCCUUCCAGUUUGCCAUUACCCUGUACCUCCUCUACCAGCAGGUGGGGGUAGCCUUUCUGGGAGGCCUGGCCUUGGCAUUGCUGCUUGUGCCCAUAAACAAGGUCAUAGCCAACCGCAUCAUGAAGAGCAACAAGGAGAUGCUGAAGCACAAGGACACACGGGUCAAGGUGAGGGGCAGCUGGUGGCUCUCUGGACUCACUGCUAUUUGUUGUGCUUGUUUGUCUCUAGAACGCUGGCUUUUUGGCCACUUGUGAAUCUCAAGUGGAUUGAUUGAGUUGCACUUACUGAGAAAAGUGCCAGAGAGGGACAC